ACAUUAUUCGGGUUUGUGAGCAUAUAAAGUGGGUGAGAUUUCUUCAGGAGCUGAUGCUGAUGUCCUGACCCGCUGGAUCAUGGCUGAGAGUCCACAGGAGCGCAGCCCAGGGGUGUUGAGUCGCAUCGGGAGCUGGCUGUCGUGGGGUUGGGGCAGAGAUGAUCCCACGUCCCAAACACAGCAAGAGGAGGACCACGGAGAAACCAGAGCAGACGAGACAGAUCCCGCAGAGGCGAGCCCAACCCUCGACCGGAAUGCCAAACAUCUGAGACUCGAACGCAGUCGGUCGCUUGAGAGGAGAAGGCCACCUGAACUCUUUGAACAAAUGGGACGGAGGAGAUCUGGCAGGAGGAGGCGGAGCUCUCACGGAGAUGGGGGCGGAGCUAAAUCCCCAACCAAUCCCCAACCUGAAAGCCCUGAAGCAACCAGUUUGACGAGCGGCCCGCGGAAAGCAUGCGCUGACUCAGCUUUUGAGGCGGCAAACAGCCUUCCAGGAGCCUCCGGAGCAGAAGUGCCAAACUCAGGUAACCGUGAGGAUGUCGUCCGAGAGGAAUGGGCCCAAGCGAGCCUGAGCGAAGACGCUGAUUUGCCGAACUCGCCGGAUUCGCUCGUCCAAGCGGCGCUGGUUUAUUCAGAUAUGGACGAGGAACGGGUGGUGAGGCUGACGGAGAGCGCCGAAUCCAAACGCAGGAGCAUCAAAGUGUCUCACAGCGAGGUGGUCUUCGCUAAAAAGGUGGUGGUCGCCUCGGAGGACCAAAAUGAAGAACAAAAUCUGACUUUUAAAGACACCAAACGGCCGAGAUCUGAUGAAAGAGCCAGAUUUCCAGAGGACAGAGUAGACGGCACCAAUGUAAAGUCCAGUCAUCACAAGGCCCGAAUCGCAGACAAAAUCAGUCUGUUCGAGAGAGGAGCCACCAGUGCAGUUAGUAGCUCCACAAACCUGCUUCGCCUGGAUAUUUCUCCAGCUCGAAAUGUGGCCAGUCGUCUCAGAGAUUUCACAGAACAUGCCGGAACGCGGUCCAGUUCUGCACCUCCAAACCAAACGGUUAAAGAGAGGGCGAAGAAUCUCAGCGCGGGGCGAAGGGGGGAACAGAAGCUGACGUUGCCGUCUGGUCGUACGUUGAACGAAGGACAUUCAAAAACGGCUGAAAUAUCUUAUUCUGGACGUUUUGAAAAAUCUACAGCAAAGACGGAUACCAGCGGAGAGCCAAAGGUUAAAUCCAAACCUCAUUUAACUAUAGAUCAAACAGACUCUAAAUCCUACAAUGCAACACCUGCAUUGUUAGAGAGCACAAGUGACUCAAACAUUGGGAAUAAAGAGGCAGAUUCUCUCCCGACGGUUUCAUCACCUACUGAUGAGACACCGCAGGUGAAAUCACCAAACCGGACAGGCACGCGAUCGAAAAAACGUCGAGGCAAAGAUCUGCUGAGCCCCACUAAACAAGAAAUGGGUCAAGGUAAACAGGAGGUCAAGGACAACAAGGACAAACCUCUUGUAGAUGCAAGAGACGUGGUAAAGACCACAGAGCCGAGCACUUCUAAUAAAGAAAGACCCAACUCUGCUGGGGAGGUCGCAAGCAAAAAACCUACAGUUCCUCCGAAGUUGGAGAAAGCAGCAGAAAUUAUGCAAAGCACAAAGAAAAAAUCUGACUCAAAGAAGACUUCACAUGCUGACACAAAAGUUCCUACAGAAGUGAAAAGCAAGGAUGAGGAGAGAGGGAAUAGCGGUGACUUUGAAGCACAGAUAGUGGCUUCUGAUACACAUCCUUCUAUAUCCAGAAAGAACAGCUCAAAUAAAGAGAAGAUACGGACCGACAUCGACUCAAAAAUGAAAGAGAAACAAAAAAACAGCAACAAAAAGCAGUGCUCAGAAGGAGAGCAGGGAGACGAGCAGAGGAACAGAGACUUGAUUGUAAACUCAUUGUUUGGAGAGUCAGGGAAACCAGAUCCAUCUGUGACAAAACAUGAAAAACCACCGUCCCCAGAUGACCUGAAGGAGGCCAGAUCUAAAGACUCCUCUGAGCCAGCCAAUAGCAGCGCUGCACCCUUUAGGAAUGAUGCCAUGCGAAACAGAGGGAGUGAGACGGAUACGCUGGUCUUACCUGAGAAAGACACCACUGCGUUUGUGUCUAAAGCGGAAAACACCCCUGAAAAUAACUCAAAAUCGGCACAAAGACUGUCAAAGAUUAACCAAAAGAGUCAAGAAAAAGACUGUUUGACUGAGAUUACCAGUCAGAACCAGAAAUACGACCUUGUUACAGAAACAACUGAGACACACAAACAUAAUGAAGUCAAUACAUCAAAGCCAACCGAGCAGAAAGUAGAAGGUAAAUCAAAACAAGGUAAAUCAAAGGACACCUCUGCUGUGAGACAGGAAGACACAACAAUUAUGGCAACCAGUCAAGGCAAAGAAACUCAGACUACUGAGAAAAACUCUUGCGCUGAAUUGUCCGAUCAGACUAAAGAAAACACCACUUCUACAAGCAAGACACCGGCAACACCAAACCCUGCACUGGACCAAAAUGACCAAAUGGACAGCAUAAUUUCACCUCAAAUUGCACCUACAGAGGGAGGCGGUCCCAAAAGAGAUGGGCCGCCCCCACAGAGCCAAUCAGAGAGCGGAGAAGAACAGAAGACACAGACGGUAUCUAGUAAAAGGGAUUUGCAACAACAAAAGCCUGGCACUGAAACUAAAAAGGGAGGCACCAAAGAAACCAAGAGUAAAAUCACCAGCACAGAAACGACAUCCAAAGUGAAUGGCGAUAUACACUCUGUAGAGACAGGAGAUCAGUUAUCUGACAGUCUUAAGCAGUCUGGAGAAGAAAUACUUGGAAAUACCUUACCUGAAAUACCAUCCAAUAAUGAAAGUCUAUCUCUGAGCUCAUUUUCAUCCGAAGCCACUGAAGCAUCCACCGAGCAGUCUGGCCAGGUCAGUAAAAAGUUUACCGCUAAACCAGCCUCAACAGAUGAUACGGCCUUCAGUUUACCAGCCUCAAGUGAUAACAACAACACAACUCUAUCAAACUCAGCUAAUAAAAAAACAACUAAUGAAAAGACCACUCCCCCAGCAGCCUCACCCAAUGCAACAACCACACCUGAAAAACCAACAACUAUCGAAAAGACCCCACAAGCCUCAACCAAUGAGAAAACCUCCACUUUACCUGCCUCAACUGAAGGAAAGACUACACCUCCACCAGGAACAACAACUGAGACAAUCUCUGCUUCAUUAGGCUCCACUGAUGACAAGAACAAAACUCUGCCUGCCUCAACUAAUGAAAAGAACAAAACUCCAUCAGAGUCAGCUAACAAAAGGACGACUAUCGAAAAGACCACCUCCCCACAAGCCUCAACCAACGAGAAAACCUCCACUUUACAUGUCUCAGCUAAAGGAAAGACUACACCUCCACCAGCAACAACAACUGAGACAAUCUCUGCUUCAUUAGGCUCCAGUGAUGACGAGAACAAACCUCUGCCUGCCUCAACUAAUGAGGUCAUCUCCAGUUUACCAGUCUCAACUAAUGCAAAGACAACACCUCCUUCAGACUCAGCUGAUAGAAAGACAACUGAUGAAAAAGAUAUGUAUCUACUAGCAUCAACUGAUGAAAAGCUCGCACAAUCACCAGCCUCAUCUAAUAAAAAGAAGAAGCCUCCACCAGCCUCAAAUAACGAGACAAUCUCUGCUUUGCCUGGCUUAGGUAAUGAAAAGACCACACAUUCUGCAUCAUCAACCGUUGAGUCUACCUCCACUACAUUAGGCUCAGGUGAUGACAAGACCACACCUCCAUCAGACUUAACUAAUGAAAUGACUACAACUCCACCAGCUUCAACUAAUGAAAAGACUACGUCUUCAUUAGACUCAGCUAGUAGAAAGACAAAUAAUGAAGAGACUAUGCCUCCACCAGCCUCAACCAAUGAGACAACUAAUGAAAAGACCAAACCUUCACCAGCUUCAACUAAUGACAAGACCACACCUGCAAAAUCCCCAACUAAAGAAAAUGCUGCACCUCCACUAGCUUCAACCACUGAGACAAUCUCUGCUUCAUUAGGCUCCAGUGAUGAGAAGAACAAACCUCCACCAGUCUCCAUUGAUAUCACUGCUAAAAAUGAAAGGACCACGCCACUACCAGCGUCAUCCUCCUUCCCAAUAACCUCUAUCAAUGGAGAGAAUAUAACUCCACUUCCUUCAUCCAAAGAAAAGACCAUAUCACCAUCAGACUAUGACAGUGGAAAGACCACACCUUCACCAGAAUCAGUUAAUGAAAAGCCCUCAGCUCUUGAAGUCUCAGCAAAACAGAAGAUCUCCUCCAGUAAAUCUAAGGAUCCAUCCACAAGAAAAAAGGAAUUCGUCCUCAAACCCUUUCUCCUUCCACAAAUCCCAACUGCACCCGGCAGCUCCUCCCAGAGCAGGGACUCUCCAUCUAGCUGGCUUGAUGUGGAUCACCAACGUCCUAUAAGAAAGAAGCUGUUGAUUUCGGAACCUAAGCUCAGCUCCUCUGUGAGUGAGACCAACCUCCUGAACACAUCGGGAGAGUUUGACCCAGAUGACUUCAUUACAAAUGUGAAACGGCUAGCAAUGCCGUUCAAUCUUCCUCAACGCAAACAUAACAAACAUCGCCUGCAAACACCUCCGUUUGCCAUGCCUGCCAUCAAAGAAGACCGCUUUGAGAAGCCCUUUGAUUCGGAGGAGUUCCAGCAUGGCUUGAGGCGAAGGAGGGAAUUCAUUUUGGAUCUGGCACCCAGUUCGAUAUCCAAGAGUCAAGCCACAAUAGUCAAGGAGGCGGACACUAAACCUAAGCGAGAGAGCAUCCUCACAAGGUCCCUGAUCUUCCAGAGAGCAAGGAAGGGGUCUGAAAAAGAAGAGGGAGAAAAAGAGGAGGGAUCAGAUGAGAAUAGAACAGAACCACUGAAGGCAACGUCUCGUUUGGAGAGGUGCUCAAUUGUCAGCAUUCUACGCAGUCCCAGCAAAGGGAGACGAAUGGAGUUUUUAAGCCCCACUGAGUGUCCUUCAGAUGGGCUGUUAUCACCAAGCGAUGGUUCUGGGUCUACAGCACCUCCACAAUCACAACUAGCACCAACUACAGAACCACCUAAACUGGUCCCAGUAGAGCAAACCCUAGCUAAGAAUGACAGCCGUGGUACCCAGUCUGGUUCUCAGGUUAUUCUAAAACCUAGCAAGGACAUUGGGCUUGCCGUGAUACCUGACCUCAAAGCAACUUCAAGAGACCCCACAGUCACUCUUUUAACAGACACUAACGCUCCCUCUCCUCCCAAAGGUACCCAGACUAGUUCCCAGGUUGUACCGAAACCUACGAAAGAUGAUGGACCUACCCUGGCACGUGACUUGAAAACAAAUUCAGCAGACCCUCCAGUCACCAUGUUAACAGACACUAAUGCUCCUCCACCUAGUUGUACCGAGUCUGGUUCCCAGGUUGUUCUAAAACCUACCAAGGAUGAUGGACUUGCCAUGACACCUGACCUCAAAACAACUUCAGGAGACACCACAGACACUAUGUUAACAGACACUAAAGCUCCUUCUCCUCCCAAUGGUACCCAGACUAGUUCCCUGUUUGUACCAAAACCUAUGAAAGAUGAUGGACCUACACUGACACCUGACUUGAAAACGACUUCAUUAGACCCUCCAGUCACCAUGUUGACAGACAUUAAAGCUCCUCCAACAUCUAGUUAUACACAGUCUGGUUCACAAUAUGUUCUAAAACCCAUCAAGGAUGAUGAACCUGCCAUGACACCUGAUCUCAGAACAACUUCAAGAGACCCCACAGUCACUAUGUUUACAGAAUCUAAUGCCCCACCACUUCUCAUCAGUACCCAGACUGGUUCUGAUGUUGUUCUGCAACCUGAUGGACCGACCCUGAAAACAACUCCAGUAGAUCCCACCGUCACUAAAGUAAGAGAUGCUAAUGCUCCUCCGCCACUUCCUUCCUUUGAUGACAUCAAGUUGCCUAGUUUCCUGGAGGAAUUUCUUCCAAAGGAACCUGAAAAUGCUCAACCAACAAAUAAGAUCGACCCACUGGUGGCUAGAGAAAGUGCUUUCAUACCUGGCCUAGUGGAUCUGAAUAAGGCUGCUGAUGGGAAGAUCCCAGAAGAUACGAUUCCACCGGCACCUGUAGUUCCAGCGGCUCAAAUCCCUCAAGCUAAACCUCAGAGAGAACUACCAAAUAUUCCAGCUGCUCGCGGAAUCCACCGGCGACCUGGAAAGAUUGUGAUAUUUGAGCACCAUCAGUUCAGCGGUCAGUCCUUUGAGUUCUUCAGGGAUCAACCUGAUGUCACUCACAUGCAACUGUCCAGUGUCAUAUCUAUUAAAGUGGUCAGAGGAUGCUGGAUACUUUAUGAGAAACCAGGAUUUGAGGGACGAUGCAUCGCUCUGGAAGAGGAAGGAGUUAUAGAACUGCCCAAUCAAUGGGCAGAAGAGGGUGAAGAGACAUCUGUGGUCAUUGGCUCAAUUCGACUGGCUAUCAGAGACUACACUCCUCCCCGGAUAGAGCUGUUCACUGAGCCCGCUGGCAGGGGCAGAAGCUCUGAGUAUGUGGAUUACACAGAAGAAGUGGGCAGUUUCAGCCAUCCUCAGAACACCGGCUCUAUUAAAGUCCACAGUGGUCUUUUUGACCUUUAUUCUUUGAUAUUUUACAGAUUUCCAGAGGACAGAGUAGACGGCACCAAUGUAAAGUCCAGUCAUCACAAGGCCCGAAUCGCAGACAAAAUCAGUCUGUUCGAGAGAGGAGCCACCAGUGCAGUUAGUAGCUCCACAAACCUGCUUCGCCUGGAUAUUUCUCCAGCUCGAAAUGUGGCCAGUCGUCUCAGAGAUUUCACAGAACAUGCCGGAACGCGGUCCAGUUCUGCACCUCCAAACCAAACGGUUAAAGAGAGGGCGAAGAAUCUCAGCGCGGGGCGAAGGGGGGAACAGAAGCUGACGUUGCCGUCUGGUCGUACGUUGAACGAAGGACAUUCAAAAACGGCUGAAAUAUCUUAUUCUGGACGUUUUGAAAAAUCUACAGCAAAGACGGAUACCAGCGGAGAGCCAAAGGUUAAAUCCAAACCUCAUUUAACUAUAGAUCAAACAGACUCUAAAUCCUACAAUGCAACACCUGCAUUGUUAGAGAGCACAAGUGACUCAAACAUUGGGAAUAAAGAGGCAGAUUCUCUCCCGACGGUUUCAUCACCUACUGAUGAGACACCGCAGGUGAAAUCACCAAACCGGACAGGCACGCGAUCGAAAAAACGUCGAGGCAAAGAUCUGCUGAGCCCCACUAAACAAGAAAUGGGUCAAGGUAAACAGGAGGUCAAGGACAACAAGGACAAACCUCUUGUAGAUGCAAGAGACGUGGUAAAGACCACAGAGCCGAGCACUUCUAAUAAAGAAAGACCCAACUCUGCUGGGGAGGUCGCAAGCAAAAAACCUACAGUUCCUCCGAAGUUGGAGAAAGCAGCAGAAAUUAUGCAAAGCACAAAGAAAAAAUCUGACUCAAAGAAGACUUCACAUGCUGACACAAAAGUUCCUACAGAAGUGAAAAGCAAGGAUGAGGAGAGAGGGAAUAGCGGUGACUUUGAAGCACAGAUAGUGGCUUCUGAUACACAUCCUUCUAUAUCCAGAAAGAACAGCUCAAAUAAAGAGAAGAUACGGACCGACAUCGACUCAAAAAUGAAAGAGAAACAAAAAAACAGCAACAAAAAGCAGUGCUCAGAAGGAGAGCAGGGAGACGAGCAGAGGAACAGAGACUUGAUUGUAAACUCAUUGUUUGGAGAGUCAGGGAAACCAGAUCCAUCUGUGACAAAACAUGAAAAACCACCGUCCCCAGAUGACCUGAAGGAGGCCAGAUCUAAAGACUCCUCUGAGCCAGCCAAUAGCAGCGCUGCACCCUUUAGGAAUGAUGCCAUGCGAAACAGAGGGAGUGAGACGGAUACGCUGGUCUUACCUGAGAAAGACACCACUGCGUUUGUGUCUAAAGCGGAAAACACCCCUGAAAAUAACUCAAAAUCGGCACAAAGACUGUCAAAGAUUAACCAAAAGAGUCAAGAAAAAGACUGUUUGACUGAGAUUACCAGUCAGAACCAGAAAUACGACCUUGUUACAGAAACAACUGAGACACACAAACAUAAUGAAGUCAAUACAUCAAAGCCAACCGAGCAGAAAGUAGAAGGUAAAUCAAAACAAGGUAAAUCAAAGGACACCUCUGCUGUGAGACAGGAAGACACAACAAUUAUGGCAACCAGUCAAGGCAAAGAAACUCAGACUACUGAGAAAAACUCUUGCGCUGAAUUGUCCGAUCAGACUAAAGAAAACACCACUUCUACAAGCAAGACACCGGCAACACCAAACCCUGCACUGGACCAAAAUGACCAAAUGGACAGCAUAAUUUCACCUCAAAUUGCACCUACAGAGGGAGGCGGUCCCAAAAGAGAUGGGCCGCCCCCACAGAGCCAAUCAGAGAGCGGAGAAGAACAGAAGACACAGACGGUAUCUAGUAAAAGGGAUUUGCAACAACAAAAGCCUGGCACUGAAACUAAAAAGGGAGGCACCAAAGAAACCAAGAGUAAAAUCACCAGCACAGAAACGACAUCCAAAGUGAAUGGCGAUAUACACUCUGUAGAGACAGGAGAUCAGUUAUCUGACAGUCUUAAGCAGUCUGGAGAAGAAAUACUUGGAAAUACCUUACCUGAAAUACCAUCCAAUAAUGAAAGUCUAUCUCUGAGCUCAUUUUCAUCCGAAGCCACUGAAGCAUCCACCGAGCAGUCUGGCCAGGUCAGUAAAAAGUUUACCGCUAAACCAGCCUCAACAGAUGAUACGGCCUUCAGUUUACCAGCCUCAAGUGAUAACAACAACACAACUCUAUCAAACUCAGCUAAUAAAAAAACAACUAAUGAAAAGACCACUCCCCCAGCAGCCUCACCCAAUGCAACAACCACACCUGAAAAACCAACAACUAUCGAAAAGACCCCACAAGCCUCAACCAAUGAGAAAACCUCCACUUUACCUGCCUCAACUGAAGGAAAGACUACACCUCCACCAGGAACAACAACUGAGACAAUCUCUGCUUCAUUAGGCUCCACUGAUGACAAGAACAAAACUCUGCCUGCCUCAACUAAUGAAAAGAACAAAACUCCAUCAGAGUCAGCUAACAAAAGGACGACUAUCGAAAAGACCACCUCCCCACAAGCCUCAACCAACGAGAAAACCUCCACUUUACAUGUCUCAGCUAAAGGAAAGACUACACCUCCACCAGCAACAACAACUGAGACAAUCUCUGCUUCAUUAGGCUCCAGUGAUGACGAGAACAAACCUCUGCCUGCCUCAACUAAUGAGGUCAUCUCCAGUUUACCAGUCUCAACUAAUGCAAAGACAACACCUCCUUCAGACUCAGCUGAUAGAAAGACAACUGAUGAAAAAGAUAUGUAUCUACUAGCAUCAACUGAUGAAAAGCUCGCACAAUCACCAGCCUCAUCUAAUAAAAAGAAGAAGCCUCCACCAGCCUCAAAUAACGAGACAAUCUCUGCUUUGCCUGGCUUAGGUAAUGAAAAGACCACACAUUCUGCAUCAUCAACCGUUGAGUCUACCUCCACUACAUUAGGCUCAGGUGAUGACAAGACCACACCUCCAUCAGACUUAACUAAUGAAAUGACUACAACUCCACCAGCUUCAACUAAUGAAAAGACUACGUCUUCAUUAGACUCAGCUAGUAGAAAGACAAAUAAUGAAGAGACUAUGCCUCCACCAGCCUCAACCAAUGAGACAACUAAUGAAAAGACCAAACCUUCACCAGCUUCAACUAAUGACAAGACCACACCUGCAAAAUCCCCAACUAAAGAAAAUGCUGCACCUCCACUAGCUUCAACCACUGAGACAAUCUCUGCUUCAUUAGGCUCCAGUGAUGAGAAGAACAAACCUCCACCAGUCUCCAUUGAUAUCACUGCUAAAAAUGAAAGGACCACGCCACUACCAGCGUCAUCCUCCUUCCCAAUAACCUCUAUCAAUGGAGAGAAUAUAACUCCACUUCCUUCAUCCAAAGAAAAGACCAUAUCACCAUCAGACUAUGACAGUGGAAAGACCACACCUUCACCAGAAUCAGUUAAUGAAAAGCCCUCAGCUCUUGAAGUCUCAGCAAAACAGAAGAUCUCCUCCAGUAAAUCUAAGGAUCCAUCCACAAGAAAAAAGGAAUUCGUCCUCAAACCCUUUCUCCUUCCACAAAUCCCAACUGCACCCGGCAGCUCCUCCCAGAGCAGGGACUCUCCAUCUAGCUGGCUUGAUGUGGAUCACCAACGUCCUAUAAGAAAGAAGCUGUUGAUUUCGGAACCUAAGCUCAGCUCCUCUGUGAGUGAGACCAACCUCCUGAACACAUCGGGAGAGUUUGACCCAGAUGACUUCAUUACAAAUGUGAAACGGCUAGCAAUGCCGUUCAAUCUUCCUCAACGCAAACAUAACAAACAUCGCCUGCAAACACCUCCGUUUGCCAUGCCUGCCAUCAAAGAAGACCGCUUUGAGAAGCCCUUUGAUUCGGAGGAGUUCCAGCAUGGCUUGAGGCGAAGGAGGGAAUUCAUUUUGGAUCUGGCACCCAGUUCGAUAUCCAAGAGUCAAGCCACAAUAGUCAAGGAGGCGGACACUAAACCUAAGCGAGAGAGCAUCCUCACAAGGUCCCUGAUCUUCCAGAGAGCAAGGAAGGGGUCUGAAAAAGAAGAGGGAGAAAAAGAGGAGGGAUCAGAUGAGAAUAGAACAGAACCACUGAAGGCAACGUCUCGUUUGGAGAGGUGCUCAAUUGUCAGCAUUCUACGCAGUCCCAGCAAAGGGAGACGAAUGGAGUUUUUAAGCCCCACUGAGUGUCCUUCAGAUGGGCUGUUAUCACCAAGCGAUGGUUCUGGGUCUACAGCACCUCCACAAUCACAACUAGCACCAACUACAGAACCACCUAAACUGGUCCCAGUAGAGCAAACCCUAGCUAAGAAUGACAGCCGUGGUACCCAGUCUGGUUCUCAGGUUAUUCUAAAACCUAGCAAGGACAUUGGGCUUGCCGUGAUACCUGACCUCAAAGCAACUUCAAGAGACCCCACAGUCACUCUUUUAACAGACACUAACGCUCCCUCUCCUCCCAAAGGUACCCAGACUAGUUCCCAGGUUGUACCGAAACCUACGAAAGAUGAUGGACCUACCCUGGCACGUGACUUGAAAACAAAUUCAGCAGACCCUCCAGUCACCAUGUUAACAGACACUAAUGCUCCUCCACCUAGUUGUACCGAGUCUGGUUCCCAGGUUGUUCUAAAACCUACCAAGGAUGAUGGACUUGCCAUGACACCUGACCUCAAAACAACUUCAGGAGACACCACAGACACUAUGUUAACAGACACUAAAGCUCCUUCUCCUCCCAAUGGUACCCAGACUAGUUCCCUGUUUGUACCAAAACCUAUGAAAGAUGAUGGACCUACACUGACACCUGACUUGAAAACGACUUCAUUAGACCCUCCAGUCACCAUGUUGACAGACAUUAAAGCUCCUCCAACAUCUAGUUAUACACAGUCUGGUUCACAAUAUGUUCUAAAACCCAUCAAGGAUGAUGAACCUGCCAUGACACCUGAUCUCAGAACAACUUCAAGAGACCCCACAGUCACUAUGUUUACAGAAUCUAAUGCCCCACCACUUCUCAUCAGUACCCAGACUGGUUCUGAUGUUGUUCUGCAACCUGAUGGACCGACCCUGAAAACAACUCCAGUAGAUCCCACCGUCACUAAAGUAAGAGAUGCUAAUGCUCCUCCGCCACUUCCUUCCUUUGAUGACAUCAAGUUGCCUAGUUUCCUGGAGGAAUUUCUUCCAAAGGAACCUGAAAAUGCUCAACCAACAAAUAAGAUCGACCCACUGGUGGCUAGAGAAAGUGCUUUCAUACCUGGCCUAGUGGAUCUGAAUAAGGCUGCUGAUGGGAAGAUCCCAGAAGAUACGAUUCCACCGGCACCUGUAGUUCCAGCGGCUCAAAUCCCUCAAGCUAAACCUCAGAGAGAACUACCAAAUAUUCCAGCUGCUCGCGGAAUCCACCGGCGACCUGGAAAGAUUGUGAUAUUUGAGCACCAUCAGUUCAGCGGUCAGUCCUUUGAGUUCUUCAGGGAUCAACCUGAUGUCACUCACAUGCAACUGUCCAGUGUCAUAUCUAUUAAAGUGGUCAGAGGAUGCUGGAUACUUUAUGAGAAACCAGGAUUUGAGGGACGAUGCAUCGCUCUGGAAGAGGAAGGAGUUAUAGAACUGCCCAAUCAAUGGGCAGAAGAGGGUGAAGAGACAUCUGUGGUCAUUGGCUCAAUUCGACUGGCUAUCAGAGACUACACUCCUCCCCGGAUAGAGCUGUUCACUGAGCCCGCUGGCAGGGGCAGAAGCUCUGAGUAUGUGGAUUACACAGAAGAAGUGGGCAGUUUCAGCCAUCCUCAGAACACCGGCUCUAUUAAAGUCCACAGUGGUCUCUGGCUGGUUUACAUUGAUCCGGGUUUCCAGGGUCUGCUGGCGGUUCUGGAAACCGGAGAGUAUCUGUUCCCGGAGGACUGGGGUUUUCCGUCGCCCGCAGUCGGCUCUCUGAGGCCUCUGCGUAUGGGCGCUCUGAGAGUGGAGAAGCCGAAUGCAGUCGAGGCCGUGGUGUAUGAAAAGGCCGGUCUGGAGGGCCGAUGUGUGGAGGUUCAGGGAGACGUGACAGAAAACCACGGACUGGACAGAGUGGAAUCACUGAAGAUCCUCGGAGGCCUGUGGGUGGGAUACGAUGGCCAGGAGUUCGAGGGGCAGCAGUUCGUUCUGGAGGAAGGAGAGUAUCUGGACUGGACAGAUUGGGGCGGGACGAGGGAAACGCUCCUCUCUCUGCGGCCCGUUUUCAUGGAUUUCUCCUCCCCUCAUAUGAAGAUGUUUAGUGAGCCGGACUUCUCCGAGCGCGGCGUCUGCAUCGACCUCCUGGAGCCGCUGGAAAACACCGCAAACACGCGCUACGGCCUGCAGACGCGCUCCAUCGAGGUCCUGUCCGGAGUGUGGGUGGCGUUCGAGGGUCCGGGGUUCUCCGGUCAGCAGUAUAUUCUGGAGAAGGGUCUGUACGGAAGCCCGGAGGACUGGGGCUCAUCCCAUAGCCAGAUCUCCUCCGCCGUCCCCGUCAUUCUGGAAAAUGUAGAAAACUCCUGCCACUUCCAGAUUGAGCUGUUCUCUGAGUCUGGAUUUGGUGGGACGUCUGUCCUGCUGCAGGACUCGUUACCCACAAUGCCUGGCGGCUUCAGCGUGCGCUCCUGCAGGGUUCAUGCCGGAAGCUGGCUGGCGUUUAGCCGUGAGAGUUUCUCCGGUCAUCAGUGUGUCCUGGAGGAGGGUUUUUAUCCUGAUCUGUGUACGAUGGGUUUCACACAGCCGGACGCAUCAGUGCUGUCGCUCCAGCCCACGGGACACGAGCUCUCGGUGCCGGCAGCGGUGCUGUUCGAGCGCUCUGGACUCAGAGGAAGGAGGACGGUCCUGAAGUCGGGUUCAGUGAAUCUACAGCUGACGCACAGCUGCUCCAGAGUCUCAUCUGUGCUGGUGCUCGGCGGCAUGUGGGUUCUGUACGAGGAUCAUAACUUCAGAGGCUCUCAGUUGCUGCUGAAGCCCGGCGCUGUUCCUGAUUGGCCCAAACUCUCCUCCUGGCUGCGAAUCGGAUCGCUUCGGCCGCUCAUGCAGAAACAAGUGCAUUUCCGUCUGCGGAGCAAAGAGGCGGGGCUACUGAUGUCCGUCAGCGGCUCAUUGGACGACAUCAAACUGAUGCGUAUCCAGGUGAGCGAGGAAAGGGGCGGAGCUGAGCAGAUCUGGACCUAUCAGGACGGUCAAUUACAGUGCAAGAGUCUGCUGGAUGUGUGUGUGGACGUGAGUUCUGGUGUCCUGAUGUCCGGAAGCAGAGUCGUUCUCUCCGCUGAAGCCGGAAAACCGCAGCAGCUCUGGAACGUCACGAGUGACGGGAUCAUCCGGAGCCACGCCAGACCAGAGCUCGUGCUGGAGGUCAAAGGAGGUCAACAGUUCGACAAACACCAGAUUAUUCUGAACGAAUUCCACGCAGACAAACUGAAUCAGCGCUGGUCUCUGGAGAUCCUCUGAGCUCUGCUGCGGAGCUGCGCCAGGUGGACCGGCACCCUGUGAGGCAGCUGCACCAGAGGGACCAUCAACUGUGGAAAUCUCAUUCUCAUGAGAGCCAGUGGAUUGAAUAUGACCAUAAUCCACUGGGCAUCGUGUUAUUAUUUUACUUUUUUUUUUCAAGAACUCUCAGAUUUGAGCGCACACUUGAACAAUAAUAACUAUUUUCCUUUGUGUAAAUUGCAUGAACGUACGAAUAAUGGUAGUCCAAGGCACUAUUCUUACGAGUUGAAUCAUCCCUUGCACCCAAAGAGCACCGAGACUAGAAACCUAAUACCCCGUUCAGCACUUCUUUUGCAUUCUUUAUUUCGACGCAUGAACGUACCUGUUUGGACAUUGAUCUCAGCUGUAUUAAAACACAAGGCUUGUUUGUAAAUAAA